AUGAAUCAGGAAGUAGCCUUCAAGUCAUUUUCUGGAGAAACACCUCGCCGGAUAGUAGUUCGUGACACUGAUCAGCAAGUAUGGGUUCUUCAGGGGAAGAGCCUUAUAGCAAUUCCCCAGUAUGAAAAUGUGACCCCAGCAAAAGUCCUUACAAUAUCAUGCAGAGAUGAAGACUACCUUGACAAAAAUAAAGGCAAUGCUAUUUACUUAGGAUUGAAUCAUUUUGAUGGCCUCUCUUUGUCCUGUGUGGAGAGUGGAGGGCAUGCCACCUUAAAGCUGGAGGAGAAGAAGAUAACAGACCUGUAUAAUUCAAAGAAGGCAGAGAAACCUUUUGUCUUUUACCUGAAAGAAACUGGCAACACUGCUACCUUUGAGUCAGCUGCCUGUCCUGGCUGGUUCAUCUGCACCAGUAAAAUGGGAGAACCUGUCUCAAUGACCCAGGACUCGGGGAAAGAAAAACAUACAAACUUCUACUUAGAGGACUAG